AUGGCAAGAUCAAGUGUAACACACACAACAGUGACUCCCAUAAUUGUGUUUAUACUGAGCAUGGUGGCCCUCAUGGGAAAGGAAGGCGUCGUGGGGCAGUCGAGCUGUACCAACGUCCUUUCCAGUUUAUCUCCGUGUGUCAAUUAUAUCUUGGGAACUCAGAUGACCCCUUCUCAGGGGUGCUGCGACGCCCUUGCUUCUGUUGUGGAGAAAAAUGCUCCCUGUCUCUGCCAGCUGGUCACUGGUAAUAAUUCGCUGGGGAUUGCAAUUAAUCAGACUCGAGCUCUGGCCCUGCCCAGCCUAUGCAAAGUCACCACACCGCCUGUCAGCCUAUGCCAGGGGAUCCCUAGUCCUACCGCUCCUUCUGGCAAUGGUUCUGGAGUUCCAACUACGGAGACACCCCUGAGUUCGAAUCCCACCCACAAUAAUUCAGCGUCCAGCGCUUUUGUAUCCGUUGUGCUUAAUGUCGUAACAGCAGUGGUAUUUACUGCAAUUGUGAUGUGA